CGGACACUUCCGGGCGGUAGAGGCACUUCCGGGAGGUAGCUGCACUUCCGGUUGGCUGUGAUGGCUCCGGACCCCUGGCUCUCGCAGUACGACGCCGCCUGCCAGCUGGCCCAGGAGGUGGCCGAGCGGAUCCAGGAGCGCAGCCGGCAUCGGCGCAACGGGGAGAGCUCGGUCAAGCUCAAUGUGAUCAUCAGGUCGUCACUGCAGAAUCUCAAAGAGAAGAUUGAUCAGCUGAAGGACUCCCUGCUCCGGGCUGUGUCAACGCACCAGAUCACCCAGCUGGAGGGAGACAGGAGGCAGAACUUGGUGGAUGACCUUCUCACACGACAGAAACAACUUCAGGCAUCUUACAAGAACGAGGGCGCAGAACCAGAUGUGAUCAGAUCUAGCCUAAUGGCAGGAGGUGUCAAACGAGGAGUGACCAACCCGUGGCUCCUGGAGGAGUCUGAGGAAACCAGGGGGCUUGGCUUCGAUGACAUCAGGCAGCAGCAGCGGAGGAUCAUAGAAGAGCAAGACGCCGGCCUUGAUGCUCUUUCUUCAAUCAUAUCCCGGCAAAAGCAAAUGGGACAGGAAAUUGGGAAUGAGCUGGACGAGCAGAACGAGAUCAUCGAUGACCUCACGAACCUGGUGGAGAACACGGACAGCAAGCUUCGCACUCAGACACGGCACGUGAAGAUGGUGGACAGAAAGUCAACGUCCUGCGGAGGAAAAAAUGUGUGGAGAGGAAAAGGACCGCCCCGACUGCUGCUGUCAGUGCUCCCGGCCCCGGGCUGCAUCCUGUGCAGCACUGAGCCUCCCUUGGCUCCAGCAUCAGCUCCCACCUGCAGCACGUCACCCAUUUUGGACUCCCAGCUCUGCUCUGUACCGAUGGCGCUUUCCAGCUUUGUGUCGUCAGCACGUUUCAUUAGCACACUUACUUUCUGUGCCAAGGUCAUUAAUAAAACCAUUUAAUAAGAUCAGCCUCCGGACAGUUCCUCGAGGAGCUCCUCCAGUGACCUCCAUCCAUCCCGAUCGCUCUUUCAACGCCGCUUCACCUUUCACCACUUCCUGGCCUUACAGUUCUGCUAAUCCCUGGUUUUUUUUCAGUUCCUAAUUUCCCACAUGGCUCUGUAUCACACACUUUGCCAAAGUCUGCGUGGAUGGGAUCUAUCACACUUCCUUUGUCUAGAAAAUUCAUUAUCUUACCAGCCUAACCUGAUUAGCUCUGUUUGAUCUGAUUUCCCUUCAGAACGUUCCCAUUGUUUUCUACCCUGUUUACCAUUUAGCUUCAUGCUCUAAUUAGUCUUUCUGCAGUUUGCUCUGGAGCCUUCAUCCUGCUGGGGUUAAUCAAAGAGGCUCGAAAUGCUCACAUCACUUUUUCCCUUCUUCCAUGGUGCAGCGAUGCAGAUGCGCUCUGCUCCCCACUGCUGGGCAGGCAGCCCUGGUCUGGGUGCAGCAGGAGCUGCUGCCUUCCGUGCUGCUCUGUGCUGGGAUGUGUACACAGCAAGGUUUGGAGAUGCUGGCUUUGAAUGGACUGACUUGGAGCCCUGUAAGCAUCAUUCCUCCUGGCUUCACCAGCCACCCUGGUUCCCUGUGAUUCCCAUCCCAGCCCACAUGCUUGGCUCAACGUGCUGAAAAAACAGCAGUGCUCAGACCCCAUUUAAACUCCCAAACGAUCUGCUGUUUGAGAGCUGAUCCCCACAUGUAAGGCACCAUAAAGAUGGGAGAGGAAGCCGCAGAGUGGCACUUCUGGGACUCAUUUGCAGCGCACAAAUCAGGCACAGGUUCAGGCCUGAAGCUGGGAGGUGGCAACCAGUUUGAAUGUCCCCCCAUUGGGAAGCACCUAAUGUGCCAGAGAGGGAGAAGAGGGGGGCAUGGAGAGGAGAGCCAACAGCAGCAGACAUCUUCUUAAUUACAUUUGCAUAUGCAGCUGUUCAAACAGCUCCAACUUCAUCAGUGCUUGUUCAUACCUAUCAGGAGAUUUAGAGCAGCUGCUGUCAGCCCGCGUAACAAUAUUGUACCAGGCUGGUGGUGAAAUGAGCCCCUGGGCAGGCUGUGUGCCCGGGCUGUCCAUCACACCAAAAGGCCUAGCAAUUAGUUGUGUUUGAAUAUGGGGAAAAAAAAAAAAACACACUAGGAAUUGUGUGAAAUAUCCCAGGGCGACUGCUUUACAGCUAGGUUUCCAAGGCUACAUGUUGCAGAAUUAAAUCAUAAAUUUGUAUUUCUGAAAAUGGUGCUGAAAUGUGAUAAUUUGUACAGCUAAACUCGCCUCCUCCUGCCUUUUCCCUCCAAGCACGCUCAGCGACUGAUGAUUGCAGUGCCUGAACUGGGGCUGGAAUACAGCACAGUUUUGGGCUGGGGACCUUGUGCUGCAGCGAAGCUAAACUGGGGGGACCCACAUGCCUCACACAGUGCAGCUGUACCCAAAGCACCGGGCAGGGAGCAGGGCUGCAUCUGGAGCACAGCACUGCCCGCCCCGGGCACUGGUGGCCACAACAAUACAAAGGAUGUGGUCAGUGGAGAAAUGGGCUUGUGAGGGGCAAAGCACUUAUGUUGUCUCUUCAGGGCUUUCUGAGAUGCAUAGAUGCCACCAGAAGUAGGGUUUAUAAAUCAAGAGGGGCUGUGAUCUUACAGCUUUGUUUUGCAGGAGGACAGGCAGUGGUGGGAUAGCUGCAGGCUUGGAGCUGCAGAGAGGGGAUUGCCCUCCUGAGGGGGUCAGACCUCGGGGUAGUGUCUGCCAUGUCGCUUUAAAAUUAGGUGAAUAAAGGAGAAAAUCAGAUAGGUUCAUGCUGCAUUCAUCCCAAAGCGUUCAAAUGGCAGAAGUUAAGCUUCCAGAAGGGUGUUAAUUAAAGCAUGUUGCACAUCUGGGCUGGUUUGGGAAGGCACGGUGAGCUGUGCACAGGGCUGUGUGCGUGGAGUGGUCAGAGCCCCAUUUAGUGCUGUAUUCAAGUGCAGCUUUUGCAGAUUGCAGUCCAUGGCUUUGACAUCACUCUGACACAGCUGGAAGGUGGGGCUGCAGCCUAAUGGAGCUUCCAAGGAGGUGUAUGUGUAGGUGCUGGGCACCCACCGAGGGCCAGCACCAGCCCAAGGCUGCAGGCAUGCUUUGCACCUGAACAUGGUGCUGUUGGGUGUCCCCCUGUCCUGCAGCGAUGGGCACAGUGUGCUGCUGUUCCUGUAACCCUGCUGCAGCUCAGGUUUGCACCGCUUCCUAAGCCCUCAUGGUGCCAUCAGCGUGGCCAUGUCAGUACGGUGUCACUCCUUGCAGCAGGGACACUUCAUCGAGCUGGACGUCCUGCAGACCAUGCAGCAGCAGCGUCCUGUGCAGUGCUGGCAGAGUGGAACCCACCUGCACCUAAAUGCAUCUGAAACUUUUUGCUUUGGGACUGGAAGGAGGAAGGGGUUUGUUUUGCAGCUCAUGCUCUGACUUUGCUGUGUAGUCCCGGUGAGCACUGGGACCGGCAGAGCAGCUGCAGGUGUGAAGCUGUGCGUGCCUGCGGGGGGGUCAGUGCCACAUGGGUGUCAUGUGCAGCAUCCCUGACAUCCCAUAACACGGAAGCUGCUGUUUCACAGUGAUCAUCUAUCUCAACAAGCACCAAGCAUUGCCUUUUUGGCAGGAAAGUGGUGCCGUUUGCUCUAUUUGAGCAGAAAUUUCAUUUUCCAAGCCAUGCUUUCUAUAACUGUCUGAUUCUUAUGACGCCUGGGAAGCCUAAAACUGGCUGUCAUUCACUACAGCAGCCUUUCACAGGACAUGCGAGCAAAAUGGCCUUAAUUAUUUUACCUGGGUCGUUGCCUGGUGAUUAAAUCCCACUUACCACUCAGCUCCCGGGGAUGGGCUGAUGAGGAGUGGUGUGGGCUGUCCCCAUGGGUGCCCUUUGCUGCUUCUUUGUGCCCUUGGCAGAGGUUGGCUCUGCAAACGCCUCCUCCCCCGAUGCUUCCUUUUGUAAGAAGCCUCCAGAAAAUGCUUAUUUUAACCUGCUUUCUGCAUCCACGGAUGGACGGUUUUAUAUGAUGCCGACAGUGCCUGCUGUGAUUUUUAUGGCCCAUAGUUUUCUGAGCAAAUGGCUUUGCUCACGAGUUGGCCGGGCUGCGGUGACCUUCUCUUGUUCAUUAACUGUCUGUUUAAAAAUAUGCAUGUGGUGUUAGUUAUAGAGCAUUGAUUGGGGUUAUUCUAGGUGGUGCGGGGAGGUCUGCUCCUUCCCUGCCCUCCUCAUUACCAAGCAGAAGCGACCGCUCGGGGCCUGGUUUAUUUACCUAAUAAACUGCCUCUUGUAUCAUGUAGGAAAUGCUUACAUUUUUCAGCCAGGAGAUCCUAGUAACAGGCAAACAGAGGUCUAGCAGUCGGGUCUGGAGAAACAACGAAAUGAAGGUCAGCUCCUAUGGCUGUUAUUCUCCUUCCCGGUGGCCAUGACAGCAGGGGUGGUUUAUUUGAGGAUCCCAGACUCGGAGUCAUUGCUCGCAUUGUUGGUCCCCCGAGCGCGGGAGGCUGUGCCAACAGCUCAGGAUAUUAAUGCAUUCUACAGAUCAGUGAAUGGAGAAUUCCUCCACACUCCUUUCUUUUCCGAAAAAAAAAAAAAAAAAAAAAAAAAUUCCUCCUCUCUCCCCUUCCCCCUGCACUUUGUUUGCAGAGCUUUGUCUGCUGAGCGUUGCCGGGCAUCGCUAAUGAGCAGGGAGGCAUCGCGCUGCGCUCCGGGUCCCACUCGAGGUGAAGUCCUCACGCCAGGCAGGUGCACAGCCAUCCACGUGCAGAUGUGCAGGGGCUGAGCAGAGCUCCCUGCUUCUGCAUGCACCCUCCUUCCGUUGCAGGGAUUGCAUUUAGGGAUUUGUGAUAUGUUCUCUGAUCUCUCGUGGAAACGUCAAUGAGAUGAGAAGUGCUGAAGAGCUCUCCAGGCGCAGCCCCGCGCUGGGGCAGGAGUGCUCAGCACAGCAGCCCCUUUGUUCCCAGGCACAUCCAACACGGCCGGCGGGGCUGGGGCAGGCUGGGCAGCUGGGCUGUGCCUACAAGGAGCUCUCAAAGCCUGGGUCUGCCGGCGGUGCACUUGAAGUGCAGGCUGAGGCACCCACCGAUGGAAGCGGGAUGCUGUUAGGCUGCCUUUCACUUAGGCUUAAUUAACGAACAGCAAGCUUUGUCCCCGGGAGGCCCGCUGGGUGUGAAUGGACCCGGCUGUGUUGGCAAACUGUGGCUGCAGCAGGGUGCAUUGGGUCAGCCCUGUGUGCCCCCAGCCCAUGGGGAGCUGCAACUGGAAGCCCAGGAGAGCUGCUGUCCUCAGCCCCGUGGGGAGCAGAGGUUGAGGCAGAAGGGCGAUCUCCCGUUCUUUCUGCCCGUGCUGUGGGUGUGUGCACAGGGAGGGAUGUGGGCUUGAAAUGUUACGGGCUGGUUGGGCAGUGAGCUGCCAGGGGAAUGGCUCACGAGGCGGGUGGUUAUUACGGCCUUGGAAAUCUUCUGAAGGAGCCCAACCGAUGCAAAGCUCAAGCCUGUUCAGAGUCUGCAGGAUGCACCUGAUCACAGCAUCAUGGAAUCAUGAAGGCUGGAAAAGACCUCUAGGAUGACCAAGUCCAACCCCAGCCCACCCCCUCUAUGCCCACUGGCCACAACCCUCAGUGCCACAUCCAGUCUUUCUUAAACACCUCCAGGGAUGAUGACUCCACCUCCUCCCUGAGCAGCCCAUGCCGGUGCAUCACCGUUCUUGUUGAGAGCAAAUUGUUCCUAAUAUCUAACCUGGACCUCCCCCGGUGCAAC